UGUGACCCGGUCAAACGUGCACCCAAAGCUCGACACAUGCUUUCUUGACUAGACUUUUCUAUAAAUUAUGAAGUCGAACACAAUUGUCUAACUGUGUGUAUGUCUCAAUGCACUUUGCCCGUCACGCAAGGCUGUUGUUUGAGCUCUGACGCCUUGGCAACUUCAAACACACUCGGCUGUCAGGCUUGUCAACUCAGCUGGGGCAAGUAUCAGAAAGGACUUUCUACUUCAUGGCAUGGACUGAUGAUGCUAACCCACUAUUUCAGCUGUGGGACUCAGACACUCAAAAUGUGCACUUUUUUCAACAAUCUGCGCCUCAGCAGCCUACUAUCCUCCAGCAGCUCCCGGCAGCCUCGCCUCCUGCAGUCUCCGUCAGGCGUGGCCACAUCAAGGAGGACCUUGUGGAGCUGAUGAUGAUUCAGAAUGCCCAGAUGCACCAGGUCAUCAUGAACAACAUGACCAUGACAGCUCUCAGCUCAUUUGGAUACUCCCAUCCCUCCUCUGCCCCCGAGGCUACCAGACACCCGGUGAUCGUGCAUGAAGAGGAGGAGGACCCAAUGGUGUACCACCACCACUACCAGCCUGCACCCUACCUACCCUACCCAGCUUGGGCACCCCCUGUCCAGCUUCCCCCUUCCCUGGUCUACCAGACCCCACUGGAACCCCUGGAGCCAGCCACAGCACCCCCCUCCCAACACAGGAACAGAAGGGCCGUCCCCCCACCUCCCCCACCCAGUGCAACCAGAACCGUGGGGGCAGACAUCCCCCCCGCUACAGAGUACUACGAUGCCACAGAAAGAAGAUAGUUCAACCGGAGGCGACAAUAUUGGGUUCCUUCUAUCUGUGACUCUUUAUUUCCUUAGUGUUUGUCUUAGUGUAGAGGAUACAAUUAUCUAAAGUGUCUGCUGACAUCUGCAGUCGCAAUAUCCAGCUGUUAUCAUGUAUUCCUAUUCAGAAGAGUAGCGUGAGAUUUGUGUGAAAAUGUAAUUUACAUUUUAAGGAUUUACCAUAUGUAUAUGUUAAUCUCAGUUAGUAUUAUUUUAUUAUUAUUGCAUCAUAUUAUUCAUUGCUUUGUCUAUUGCGCUUUUUCAUUGAUUUCACUGUGUUGUGUUGAUUCACGUCUAUUAUUGAAGGUCAGUCUUUUAUCUGUGUCAGUUUUACUCAGGAGAAGUCAGCAGUUUUCGGUGCAGCUGUGAAGACUCUAUAUGGCCAGGCCAGAAAGGGAGGCUUGGGUCAAGAGGGGUGGGGCUUAUGGCUGGAAUGGGGAGACUUAGGUCAAGACCUGUUUAU